ACAAUAUCUCCUUCCGGAAUUGCGAGGUCGCCUUGAGAGAGCCCGUGGUCAAAAAAUGUUUAUUGUGGAGAGAAAUUUCGUCAACAACUCUCGCCAGACCUUUGACAGUAAGUCAUUAGUUUCAUACUAGGUUUUGACUCACACUCAUCAUGAACUCAUUUUUGGUGUAUGUAGUGUUAGGCAGCACAGGCAACUUAUAUACCAUUGAUAUUUCCCACAAGAUCAAGUGCAACUGCAGAGACUUUAUAUAUCGAAGGAAUCAUUGCAAACAUAUCCUCAUGGUCUUACUCAAAGUGUUUCACCUUCCCGCCGCCUCUCCCGCAUUUCGAUCUUUGAACCUUUCCCCUGAACUUCUUCAAGAUAUGUUUUCGAAAGCUAUGCCUGAUCCGGGAGUGCUGGUUGACGAGCAUAUACAAAAAGCCAUCAAAGCGAAAUUAUACCAUGUGGAACCUAGUGAUGGUGGUUCUGUUCAAAGACGUCCAUUGGAUACUUCGGAUUGUCCCAUCUGUUUCGAGGAAUUCGAAGAAAAACAACUGGCUAAAAUUCUAUUCUGUAAGACAUGCGGUAAUAAUGUGCAUGAAGUAUGCUUUGUUGCAUGGAAAAAAUCGCGCGGAUCACAAGUGACUUGUGUCUAUUGUCGAUCUGAAUGGCCAUCCGAUGUCAAGAAAGGCAAAAAGAAGCCCAAGUCAAGCGACUUGAAUGAAGAAGGCUAUGUUAACUUUGCCGCUGCUGCCGGGUUAUCUUCCAAACGAGAUUCAACCACUUACCGAUUGUAUCCCGGGGCACCCAAUUCUUGGACGUACCGCUGAUCACCAAAGCUUCAGACCCAUUACCAUUCCUUCCAUUUAUCCAUCCUAAGCGAAAUCAAGCAAAAUGUUGAUCCACCCACAUCCAAUCCAAACACUGAAAAAAAAGUAGCAUUUUCUAGCAAUCACUUGAUAUUCACAGCAGAAGCGAUGAUUACUCAAAAAGAGAGAUUACUCAAAAAGCAAGCAACAUGAAAAUUCAAUAACUGUUUCUAUGAUUAUAUCCAAAGUAAAUUACACAACUUCUGUGUUGCCAUUCAACG